CUGCGCGAGUGGUUUGCCCAGCGCUGGAGCCGUGCUGCUAGAGCUGGAGGUGCUACUGUUGCUGCUGGUCCUGGAGGUGCUCGUACUGGCGGUACUGGAGCUGCUGGGACUGGGGGUGCUGCUGGAGCUGCUGGCGGUACUGGAGCUGACGGUCCUGCUGGAGCUGGAGCUGCUGGAGCUGCUGGAGCUGGAGCUGCUGGGGGUGUUGGCGCUGGAGGUGCUGCUGGCGCUGGUGCGACUGAGGGUGCUGGAGUUGGCGCUGCUGGCGCUGGUGCUGCCGCUGGGGGUACUGGUGCUGUCCCUGCUGGUUCUGGAGGCGCUGCGCGGCCGCGGCCAGUCCUCUCUUCCUGUCCUUGCUGA